GAGUGAUGACUUGACUUGUUGGAGCAUAAAGACGUCAACGAGUGGAAAUGGAAUAAAAAAAAGAGCUUGAUCCGAUUGUUCCUUGCUUGCAUUGGCAGUGAUGAAAUGAGUUCCUCCACGAAAAAGCACGACGUGUUCGUCAGCUUCAGAGGAGAGGACACACGAACUAACUUCACUAGCCAUCUUUGCAAAGCUCUCGAAUAUAAAUCAAUCGGAGCUUACAUAGAUCGCCAGCUAGACAGAGGAGAAACUGUCUGGCCGGCACUUGCCAAAGCAAUUCAGGACUCACGUGUCUCAAUUGUUGUUUUCUCCGAAAACUAUGCUUGUUCCAAAUGGUGUCUGGAAGAACUGGUGAAAAUUCUUGAAUGCAGGAAAAAAAUGGGUUUGGCAGUUAUACCUAUCUUUUACAACAUAGAUCCAUCAGACAUAAGGAAUCAGAAGGGUACUUACGAGAAGGCAUUGACAGAACUGUUGGAAUCCAAUGAAGAGAAAGGGCCAAAGUGGAAAGCUGCUCUCACUGAAGCAGCCAAUAUAUCUGGAUGGGACUCUAGAACACAUAGGGACGAAGCUCAUGUCAUUGAGAACGUUGUCAAUGAUGUAUUGCAAAAGCUUCAUCUGCGAUGCCCCACUGAAUUAAAGGGCCUUGUUGCAAGUGAAGAAAAUUGCAGAAAUAUAGANUUAUUACUAAAAUCGUGUAGGGUCAUUGGAAUUUGGGGUAUGGGUGGAAUUGGUAAAUCCACCAUUGCUAAAAUCUUGUUUGCUAAGCACUUUCCCCAGUAUGACCAUGUAUGCUUUGUGACCAAUGCAAAAGAAUAUUCGCUGGACAAGCUUUUCUCUACCAUAUUGAAGGAAGAGGUUUCCGAAAAAAAUGUCGUAGGGUCAUCGUUUCAUAUGAGGAGACUCAGAAGUAAAAAGGUUUUCAUUGUACUUGAUGAUGUUGACAAGGAUAGUUUUGAGCCAUUGGAGUAUUUAUGUNGAGANUAUNAAGNCCAGNACAGUGAUAGUAAACUNGUUAUAACAACAAGAGAUAGGCAAUUGCUUGUUGNAAGGGUUGAUGCGAUAUACGAGGUUCAGAAAUGGAAGAAAACAGAAUCUCUGAAGCUUUUUUGCUCAGAAGCCUUUAAGAAAAAUUGUCCUGAACGAGGUUAUGAGAGUCUCUCAGAAAGUGCAGUUGAAUAUUCUGGUGGCGUUCCAUUAGCCGUUAAAGUUUUGGGUUCAUAUCUUCGUUCAAAAGGUNNCAGUUUUUGGNAAAGNACUAUAAGAAAACUCANCNUNUAUCCUAACGAGANAAUUCAGNAAGUGUUAGAAAUGAGCUACACUGGAUUGCAUGAUCUAGAAAAAAANAUNUUUCUAGACAUUGUNUUUUUCUUUAGAGAAAAACAGANANAUCNANUNACAAGGAUACUAGAUGCCUGUGGUUUUGAAGCAACUAGUGGAAUAGAAGUUCUCGCAGACAAAGCUUUGUUAACAAUUUCAUAUACAAACAUAAUACAAAUGCAUGACUUGCUGCACCAAAUGGGUUUGGAGAUUGUACGUCUAGAAUGUACAACAGAUCCUGGCAGACGUAGUCGCUUGAAGGAUAGUGAUGCUCAUGAAGUGAUUGAAGAAAACAAGGGAACUGAUGCAAUUCAAGGAAUAGAACUGGAUUUGUCUCAAGUUGAAAAUUUACGUUUGCGUUCUGACACCUUGACAAAGAUGAAAACCUUAAGAUUUCUGAGAUUCUAUAACUCCUCAGGUCAGAGUUCUAGGAAUACAUACAUCGACCUUCCUGCAACUCUUGAGCCAUUUUUUGAUAAGCUAAGGUACAUUGAGUGGAUUGGAUACCCUUUUGAGUGUCUUCCAUCACCUUUUUGUGCAAAGUUUCUUGUUGAGAUUCACAUGGAACAUGGCAAAAUUAAACAACUUUGGCAGGGAAUCCAGGAACUAGAUAAUUUAGAGGGAAUUAACCUAAGUGGAUGCAAACAUUUGGAAGAGUUUCCAGAUUUGUCUAAGGCGCCGAGACUUAAAUGGGUGAAUCUCUAUUGUUGUGAAAGUUUACGGUAUCUUCACCCAUCUGUUUUAUCCUCGGCCACGCUUGUUACUUUGAUACUGCAUGGCUGUACAAAACUCGAGAGUGUUAAAGGCGAAAAGCGUUUAAAAUCUCUAGGAUAUAUCAAUGUCAAUGGCUGUUUAAGUCUAGAGGAAUUUGCAGUGUCAAUAGUUUCAAUUGAAAUAUUUGAUUUGAGCAACAAAGAAAUCCCAAUGUCAGGCACACCAGUAAGGCGAAAGGGAAAACUCAAGACCAACAAAAUAUUGAAGGAGCUGAUGCUAUCUAAUGGUCGACGACUUGGGAAGGAUUUGAAUAACUGCAACCUACCUUCCAUGCAACAUUUGUACAUGCUACAGUUAGAUCGGUGCAAUGUGACAAACUUGCCUGAAAUCAUUAAGAANUCGGGAAAGUUGACAUUUUUGUCCUUGGAGAAUUGUGACGGGUUUACGCAUCUGCCAAAGCUGUCAUCCGGCAUCAAUUACUUACGUGUCAUUAACUGCACUUCACUGGUGUCAGUGUCAGACUUAGACAAUUUGGCAAAUGUAAUGUACGGAAGUAGUAGAUUCAUUACAUUCAAGAACUGCUNGAAAUUGGAUGAACAUUCAUGCAAACUUAUAAUGAAGAGCGUAAAGUUAAUAAUGGUGUGUGCUGCAUUUGACAACCUGGUGAGAAAAUCCAGUGACGUCCACGACUACAGUUAUAACAGUGUUGAACUUUGUUUGCCAGGAAGCAAGGUCCCACAAGAGAUUAAAUAUCGGAGCACAGAGUCCUCCAUUACCAUUGACCUUCCCAAACUUUCCAACUUGAGGGGCUUCAUUUACUCUGUNGUACUUUCUCCAUCUGGUGAAAUGAAGAAGCAUGACACCAAGAUUAUAUGUAAACGCCACUUGAGAGAAAAUACGAGGGAAUCAUGGGUAUAUAGUGAUAUCCAGGGCUUGAACACCGAUCAUGUUUAUAUNUGGUAUGAUCCAUUCCACUGUGAUGGCAUUCUCAAAUAUAAUGAGCCAAGUGUUUGUUUUGAGUUCUGUGUUACAAAUGAUAAAGGGGAAGUUGAUGACUCUAAGUGUAUUAAAGAGUGUGGUGUUGGCCUUAUAAGUGUUUCAGAACUGCCGAGUGUUUUAGAAGAGUUGGACUGGCACUGGGAUAAGAAGAAGGACUUAGUGAAUAGAGUGAAAUUGGUAACAGGACAAAGGAUAACCUUAAUAACAUCAAUUGAACAAUCCGAUGAGAGGAAGAACCAUUUUUCUGCUGUGGAAGAGAUUAUCAAUUCUACCCACAAGGAAGUCAAAACUGAUUCUGGCACAGAUUGUGGGCAGAAUACUACAAAAUCUACAAAUGCGGUCAAAUAUAAAGAAAGUGGAGAAACGGCAAUCAAACAAGAUGCAACAUUGCCUGAAACUGUUGAGUCAGAGUUAGACAAAGAAAAUGAAUCUAAAGAAAAGUCAAUGAUGGUUGAACUAGAAUCAGUUGAAGACAACAGAGGGAGUAAAGAAUAUUUUUCUGGUGUCAAAGAGAACAUUGAAUAUUGUGCUAGCAGAGCAACCAAUGCAACUGCUGAAAGAGGUCCCAAAGAAAAAUCUACAAAGUCUACGGAAACUGUAGCUUAUGAACAUUCACAGAGGUUGGAAGAAUCGAUUAAGCAAGUUGUAGAAAUUCAUGAUACAGGCAACUCUGUUAUUAAAUACUCAUCCUUGGACCUUGAGAAUUGCCUUCAACAGUCGGAUAAAAAUCCAUUUGCAAUCCUUGACUUACUUUCUAAUGAACUAUCCCCUUCACUGAAACAAUCAAGUGAUGCUACAACCCUCCUCAAUGAGUUCCGAACCUUAGUGUUCUCUACUUCGUUGCUGAAGAAAAUUCCAGACCAAUCCUAUCAGCAGCAAGUUACAGAAUCACUACAGAAACUUCACACUUAUCGUGGAAAAAUUACAAAAGAGCAAGAAGCUGGUUUAGACACAUUUAUAGAGCUCUACAACAAAGCUGUCGACAUUUCUCAAGAUAAGAUGUUAACCGAGGAUAACCAAGCAAAACUGGCAUCUGAGAAGAGAGACUUGUACAACAAACUUGAACAUUCUAAACCGAAAGUUCAGCAGUUUGACACCACCAUCUCAACUUAUAAAUCUCAGAGGGAAAUCCUACAAAAGAGACAAAGGGAAAUCCAGGAAGCUAUAAAAGAACUUGAACAAGAAAAUGAAGCCUUGGAAAAGGAUAGCUCAACACUAGAGGUUCUAUACUCUGAACAACAAACCAAGAAGAAGGAAACACUUGAAUCAGUGAAGUGUAUUUCGAUUUCUGUUGUUCAAACUACCAAACAAUUAGAAGAACUUGAAAAGAAAAGAUUGAGUUUGGCUUCAGCUUACGAAGGCCUCGAAGAGCCAUAUCAAAGAAUGAAGACAAAACCCCCAUUUUAGUCUUCUUUCAUGAGGUCUUUUCCUUUGAUGCAAUUAUUAUUUGAAUCAUCGCAUAGAUAAGUUCCUGGCUGUAAAUAAGUGUGAUGCGUUGAAGAUGACAACUAUUUGUAUGAAUGAUGUAUGAGGUUUCAGUUAGUAUUUGACUUCAAGUUUUAAUGUAUUUUGUACUGAUUGAUUCAAAAUUCUAUUAGCUUUCACAGUGUUUAACUUUCAAA